UUUCGGUACUGGUGCAGCUUGUUUAGAAUUUUUUUCCCCCUUCCUUUCGACCACGUGGAGGAACAUCGACCUCUCAGCAGGCCUGCACAUUGAAACCUGCGGCUUAUUAAACCCUUUUUACCGUCUGCUGUGGGACGCUGCUCUGGGACCGAGAUGUCCUCGGCAGGACAGACCUCCAGGAGCCUGGAGAUCCCGGCUGUCCGUAGGAUCGCCAUCCAUGAUGCAGCCCACAUGCCCAAGGAGUACUCCACCACUCCGGGGGGAACUCUCUUUAGCACCACACCAGGAGGUACCAGAAUCAUUUAUGACAGGAAGUUUCUGCUACAGUGUCGGAGCUCUCCACUGACCCGAACUCCUCCCAAACUUCCUGAUAUUCCCGGUGUGACAAGGCCGCUCGACCCGGACUCCUCCAACAAUGAAAAUCCGCCCGAGGAAUCACCCAGCAACAAUGAAGACGACCACAACCUGCAUAUGGAGGAGAACUCCGAGGACGCCCAGUUUGAAAUGGACAUCUAGAUGCCAGCAGCAAUGAGUAAUGUAGGGUGCUAACAACUAUGAGCUUAUAAAAUGAUUAAAAUAACAAAUCUAGUCUUAGUCAGCUUUAAAGUCUGACAGUAUUUUUUUUAUAUCAAAUAUUAGCUAAUCUGUUAAAGCUUGAAAAAAAGAAUUCACAAAAAUUUAUUUUCACUUUGCUUCAUCACCUUGUGUAACUGAUGACAAGUAAUUCCUGUUAUUUUUUUUAUUUGAUUUUAGUUAUAAAUGCUUUCAAAAUGACUAUAUAAGAAGGUGUUAAUAGCCAAUCUGUUGAUAUGACUACUGUACUUGGCAAUCUAAUUUUUGGACUCUGUAAUGGCUGCUUCUGGCCACUUGAGGGCAGCAGAUAAAAUCUACAUGACUUCUCAA